AUGACGGCCAUCGGGGCGCAGGUGCAGCAGCUGCUGGCACACCGGAGACCACAGAAAUCCUUCUUUGAGACGCUCAUCAGGAGCCUGAUCAUCCUGUGCGCGGCCAUAGCCGUGGUCUUGUCGUCCAUCUCCAUCUGCGAUGGCCGCUGGCUCUUUGCGAGGGGGCAGCUCUUCGGACUGUGGCACUUCUGCACCCUUGGCAACAACAGUGUCCUGAAGUGUGUCACAGACCUCAGGCUGGCCCAGGUGGAGGGGCUCAGCGUGGGGGUGAUUCCCAUCAGGAGCAUGGUGUCCUUUGCUGUUGUGGUUGCCAUAUUUGGGUUGGAGCUGCUGAUGGUGUCCCAAGUCUGUGAUGAUGCCAAUGCAAGGCGGAAAUGGGCAAUGGGUUCCGUUCUCAUCCUCGUCUCCUUUUUGCUGUCAGCCACCGGUGUUCUGAGCUUCUCCAUCCUGGUGAAGGAUCACCUCACCUUCACAGGCUUCACGCUGACAUACUGGUGUGAGUUCAUUGCUGCCUUCCUCUUCUUCCUUAACGGAAUCAGCGGACUUCACAUCAACAGCCUCACACACCUCAGGAAUGGAGUAGGCAAAAUCUAGGUACAAAGGAUGUACCUCUGCCUUUGUGUAAUCAGCUUUGCCAAUUAGACUGGAAGAAAGAGAGUCUAAUGAAGUUUGAAACGGAUGCCCUGUCUUAAUUUGUGUGCAAGGAGGGGAAGUGUGAGUCAGUCUUGAUGCCUGUAGAAGAUGUACCCACCCUCUGGUCAGCGUGGAGAGCUGAGCAGCACCAGCCAAGCAGAGACUGGGACUGGCUGCUCCUGCAGUAUGGUUUUCUGGAGAAG